AUGACAUCAACACCCUCGCUCAGGCAAAGCCUUGCCGCUGUUGUCCUUGCCGCCCUUCCUCUCGCCAGUGCACAAGGCACUACCCCUCCAAAGCUCACCGCCGAUUGUAUCGAUGUAGCCAUCUUCAUGGCCCGCGGAAACGAUGCUCCAUAUCACGACGGACGCACCUCGCCAUUUAGCGAUGCUACUUGCGCAAAGUUCCAGGCCAAGGGUAUCACCUGCGACUACAUGGAUGUCGUCUUUGAUGGCACUCUUGGUGUCCCGUACUGCCCUACCAUCCAGGAAGGUGCCGUCAACGGCGUCAGGCAAAUCACCGAGUACAAUGCCAAGUGCCCGGAUACCUUGCUUGUCCUCAACGGUUACUCUCAAGGUGCCAUGGUUGGUGGUGCUAUACUCAGUGGAGGAGGUGAGGAUGCGUGCGAUGUUGAUCCACAGACUACUGGUCUUGACCCCAACUCCAAGGCCGGCCAGGCUCUCAAGGCGGUUCUCCUCUGGGGUGACGUCAAACAUACUGCUAACCAGCCAUACAACGUACUCGAUGGUGCCGACAAGCAGGUCUGGCCGCGUACGGGCGCCAAUCUGGAGCGGAUGAACCGCUUCUCUUCUGUCUUGCGUUCAUACUGCGCUGGUGGUGACCCAAUUUGCGCUGGUGGUACCAAUGUUGCUCAGCAUCUCAACUACUUUGAGCUGUACACAGAUGAAUCAUCGUCGUGGGUUGUCGAUAAGCUUACACCGCUCCUGGCCAAGCCUUCUUCAUCGUCUGUCUUGUCCAGCUCGGCUACGCCUACUCCCACGCCUACACCUUCACCUGAGCCCACAACCACACCCGCACCUACGCCCACUUCUGCGGCCUCUACCUCCGAGGUCAGUUCCACCGAGCCUUCAAGUACCGUAGUAGUUCCUGAGCCUUCCACUCCAGUUACCUCGGAUAUCAAGUCCACCAGCACUGCACCAGGAACAACAGCCCACUCCCUAACCAUCAUCCCGACUUCAGCGCACUAUGGCAACUCGACUAUCUCGGCUUCCAGCUCCGUAAACACGCCUGUCCAGCCCCAUGAGACGCCUUCUCUGCCUGCUGGACAUGUUUCGUAUCCGGCUGUUCCGCCUCCCGCUCCUACAAAGGGCCCGGGAUACCCUGCCCACCCCCCGGUUUGCCCGCCAGUUCUCGUUUACGAGACGGUGACGGAGUACGCAUACGUAUAUGAGAGUAUGUGA